UCCAAUCUCCUUAGCAAGACUGCACUGGCGCUCUGUUGAGUUCACUUGGAGAAAAAAUGGCUGGUUAUCAACUUUAUUACUUCGAUUCCCGAGGUCGGGCAGAGAUCAUUCGACUAUCAUUCGUUGCUGCGAAUAUAGAAUACGAAGACGUCCGAUUGACGCGUGAGCAAUGGGCUAAGGAGAAAGAAACUGGCAGGCCCCCCUUGGGUCAAGCACCAUUUCUAGUGACUCCCGAUGGAAAAGUGCUUGGUCAGUCUCAAGCAAUCAUGAAGUAUGUUUGCAGAAUAGGUGGUUUGAGCCCAACAGAAAGUUUUGAUGAGGCAAUUGCUGAUAUGAUUGUGGGUGGAGUGGAAGAUUUCUUCCAAUCUUUGUUAAAGAUUCACAUGGAAAAGGAUGAAGCUAAAAAGAUGGAGCUGCUAAAAGAAUUCUUUGAAGAAACUCUUCCUAGCCGACUGCCAAAAUAUGAAAAUAUUUUGAAAGCCAACAACGAAGGCAAGGGUUUCUUUGUUGGUGAUAAGCUUACAUAUGCUGACAUCAUUUUCUUUGACCUGAUGAACCUUUUGGAGAAAGGUGAACCGACUGCCCCGAAGGCACUCGAGAAGUUCCCAUUAUUGGCUGCACAUCACAACCGUGUGCUGGAUGUGCCAGAAAUAAAGAAAUGGGUGGAGACACGCCCAAAAACAGAGCAUUAAUUCUUUUGUGAUUCUGACCUGUUGUUGGUUACCAGAUUUAUACAUAGAAAAAACAAUAAACUAAACUGAAAACUUA